AUGUUUGGUGAGCAAAUUAGAUCGAAAAUGGGUCUUAAAAACCAGCAACAACCUAAGACUACCGAAUCCGGGGCUGAUCCAAAGUGGAACGGAACAAAGACACAAAUUCUUACUGAAAAUCAACUGACAUCAAAAGCUCGAGAAGAAGCUGUAAACUUUCGAUUUAAUACUGCGGCUGUCAAUGCACCACAGCAAAACGAUAAAAUGAGAAGGAGUCACUGGGGCUUUCAGCAUUAUAGUCUGACAAAUGAGCAAGUUGAUUUCACCGCGAGCAGAUCGUUCGGCUCUUCAGCAUCAACAGUAACGACGGCAUCGUCGAAUUCGGCUAGAUUGACAGCUGCGCUCACAAUUGCGGAAGCAACAUCCGAAAUUGAGAUGCCGGAUGGAUGCAAAACCCGUUCAUUGACAGUACCCUUGGUUGAUGAAAAAUCGAAAGAGCAACAAAAAAGAAUUGUGAGCAUGUUCGACAGCCGGGUAUUGCCAUUGAUUAAGAACACUGUGAAGCAGCUCAUGGGAAAUGCCGAAAAAAUGGAGAGAUAUCAUUUGACGAGACGCUUGUACAAAUAUUUUGCUGUCAGAGAAAAUAUUCGAACGCGUUGUUUUCCAGUUCCACUAGAGGAUUUUGAGAAAAUCAAUAAGAUGUUGGUGGACAUUUUGACGUCGAUUAAUAGAAAAGUGGUGCGAGAUAAAAUUGAUCCAUUAACCGCUAUCGACAUGAUCUUAAAAAGGAAGCCGUCUGCAGCAAUUGCGUAUCCAUAG